AAUUCACUUCUCUCUCCUCACAAUCUCUUUGCCUCACUCUCUCUCUUCAAAAUACCUCGCCCAUUCCCUCUCCUUGCCGCACAUAUUGAGUGGUCGCCAGAAUUCAUGUCGCCGCCCAUACUCUCUCCUCCUAACCGACUCUCUAGGCGAGUCAGUCCGCCUACGAAUUUUCGUCUGUCCUAUCUUUAAAAUCGCCUGCGACGACGACGACAAUGACGAGGUCAACAAUAAAGCGAUGACGAUCCGCGGCGGAGGGAACUGGUGGCGGUGGCUGCGACGAGUGCGAGGAAGGCAGCGUGGGGAGGGCUGGUGCUUUGUUGUUGCUGGGCAGCGUGGGGAGGACUGUGGCAGGGCAGGGCUGCAAGAUGGCAACAUAAGGAUACUGCUCAAAGUUGACAGCAUCAUGCAAGGAAGAAGCUACCCAUAUCAUGAUAGUGCAUGUACUUGUAAGGGCAUGCCUGGUUUUCAUUUCAAGCCACCAUGGUUAAUCUUUUUUAUCACCAUGCCCCCACAUUACAUAUCUCAUUCCACCAAGAUUGAAGUUCAGGAUCUCUUUCUACUAGGCUGUCUGUUGGAUAGUAGAACCAACAAUAAUCAUUCACCCAUGUCUCAAUUGCAAACCAGAUUUCAAGCUCGUCAACUGCAAAGGGGUAAUCCUUCAUCAACAGCUUCAGGCCAUGCGGAUGGCUGGAAUCCUCAACUACCAUCCCUCUAGAAUGUUGCAAAAGACAUAUAUGAUUAGAAAUGUAAAAUUGCAGUAAAAGUUGCAGUGCGUGUUGUGGCUUAAUGAUACAUGUAAAUGAAACUACCUAUUGGGAAGAUCAGUAGGAAGUGCUUCAUCAGUGAAAGCCCAACUUUUGUAUACAAAUGAUGACAAUUCCAAGCAAAUUUUUCCAUGUUUCACCAGCAUUUAAUGAGGAUUUGCUUAGCCAAUGUAAUGAUUAAAUUUUAUGUUGUUUUAGUUAAGUGUAACUUUGUUUUAGUUAAGUGUAACUUUGUUUUAGUUAAGAACAGUUUCAUUUUAGUUAAGGGUUAAGAAUUUUUCAAGUUGCGGUUUACCAGAAAAAAAAUUGUGGUUUUAGUUUAAAA